CUCAAGGGGAAUUAGAAUUCAUUUGUAGGAUUACUUGCAUGUGCUUCUCCGCAGUGAGUUACAGUCUCGAGUGCUGCAAAAUCACGCCCGCUCAACCGAUCGCCUCAACAUCACCAAACACAUCGCUGUAGAGCACUUGGAAUUAUGGCAGCAACGACCAUUUCUGUCUGCAAAUUUGUAGGCACUGUCAGCUUGGGUCUCUUGACGGGUGUUUCAGCGACACUCUCGAUAAUCACUCUACCUUCUCUGCUUGCGCUGCCUACCGCCGUCGACGCCCGCACAACAUCCACCUACGUAUCAUACAAGUCACAGAACAUCACCUCAUACCUUCGUCACAUUACCACCUUCACACUGUUCUCCGCCUACGUACUAUCUCCCCGACGACUCCGCCAUCCGUACCUUCUCUACACAUCAAUCUUCGCUUUCGCCUCUGGACCGGCUAUCGAUUACGCUGUAUCCUUCCGCAGCGGCACCAAUGAGCGGAGGGCGGCGUUAGAUCUUGAAGCACAGGGCGACGAUGUCAAUGGUGAACAAGUAAGGCAGGCAGUCGAAAGGAAGAGGUUCACUGAAAGCGUGAAGGCAAUUUUUACAGGAGCGGCCUUUGCCAUGCAAAUUGUGGGUAUCUGGGGAGAUGGCGCGUAGACGAUGAAUGAUGCGUCGAGGACUCACGUUUGGUGAAUGCAAUACUCACGAUGACAUGCAGGGAUGGUAUAUAUACACUUGUGUUUAGCGCGACUCACUCCUCCUUUUGUAGCUGCUUUGUAGUCUCAUCUUGGCAAUUAAGCAUUGGUCAACUCCU